UCUGCUCCACCGCUGCUUCUCGCCCGGUGCGGAUGCUGUAGAUCAACAGGUUCAGGGAACUUGAGCGGAAUAAGGAGAGACCGCCGGGUACCGCAGCCCGGGAGCGGAAGGAAGGAAGGAUCCAUAGACUUGUGGCUUGGGUCGGGGGCGCACGCUGCGCCUGGGCCCCAAGCUGGCGCGCACCCAUCCACUCGCCCCUCCAGUCCGGCUACUCCUGCCAAUACCCCACCGGUCUGGGAUGUACCUUUCCAUCUGUUGCUGUUUCCUCCUAUGGGCCCCUGCCCUGACGCUCAAAAACCUGAACUAUUCCGUGCCCGAGGAGCAAGGGGCCGGCACGGUGAUCGGCAACAUCGGCAAGGAUGCUCGACUGCAGCCGGGGCUUCCGCCCGCAGAGCGAGGCGGCGGUGGCGGCGGGCGAAGCAAGUCGGGUAGCUACCGGGUGCUGGAGAACUCGGCGCCGCACCUGCUGGACGUGGAAGCCGACAGCGGACUCCUCUACACGAAGCAGCGCAUCGACCGCGAGUCCCUGUGCCGCCACAACGCCAAGUGCCAGCUGUCCCUCGAGGUGUUUGCCAACGACAAGGAGAUCUGCAUGAUCAAGGUAGAGAUCCAGGACAUCAACGACAAUGCUCCCUCCUUCCCGUCGGACCAGAUUGAGAUGGACAUCUCAGAGAACGCGGCCCCCGGCACCCGCUUCCCCCUCACCAGUGCGCAUGACCCCGACGCGGGCGAGAACGGGCUCCGCACCUAUCUGCUUACGCGCGACGACCACGGCCUCUUCGCGCUGGACGUCAAGUCCCGCGGCGACGGCACCAAGUUCCCAGAGCUGGUUAUCCAGAAGGCCCUGGACCGCGAGCAGCAGAACCACCACACGCUCGUGCUGACCGCUCUGGAUGGCGGCGAGCCUCCGCGCUCGGCCACCGUGCAGAUCAACGUGAAGGUGAUUGACUCUAACGACAACAGCCCCGUCUUUGAGGCGCCGUCCUACCUGGUGGAGUUGCCCGAGAACGCCCCGCUGGGCACCGUGGUCAUUGAUCUGAAUGCCACCGACGCCGACGAGGGUCCCAACGGCGAAGUGCUCUACUCUUUCAGCAGCUAUGUGCCCGACCGCGUGCGGGAGCUCUUCUCCAUCGACCCCAAGACCGGUCUGAUCCGUGUCAAGGGCAACCUAGACUAUGAGGAGAAUGGGAUGCUGGAGAUCGACGUGCAGGCCCGAGACCUGGGUCCCAACCCCAUCCCGGCCCACUGCAAGGUCACUGUCAAGCUCAUCGACCGCAAUGACAACGCUCCGUCCAUUGGUUUUGUCUCCGUGCGCCAGGGGGCGCUGAGCGAGGCGGCUCCGCCCGGCACCGUCAUCGCUCUGGUGCGGGUCACUGACCGAGACUCGGGCAAGAACGGGCAGCUGCAGUGCAGGGUCCUGGGGGGAGGAGGGGCGGGCGGCAGCGGCGGCCUGGGCGGGCCGGGAGGUUCCGUGCCCUUUAAACUUGAGGAGAACUACGACAACUUCUACACGGUGGUGACUGACCGCCCGUUGGACCGCGAGACACAGGACGAGUACAACGUGACAAUCGUGGCACGGGACGGGGGCUCGCCUCCACUCAACUCCACCAAGUCGUUCGCCGUCAAGAUUCUGGACGAGAAUGACAACCCUCCUCGCUUCACCAAGGGACUCUAUGUGCUGCAGGUGCACGAGAACAACAUCCCUGGAGAGUACCUGGGCUCGGUGCUUGCCCAGGACCCUGACCUGGGCCAAAACGGCACAGUGUCCUACUCCAUCCUGCCCUCGCACAUCGGCGACGUGUCCAUCUACACCUAUGUGUCUGUGAACCCCACCAACGGGGCCAUCUACGCCCUGCGAUCCUUUAACUACGAGCAGACCAAGGCUUUUGAGUUCAAGGUGCUCGCUAAGGACUCCGGGGCGCCCGCGCACUUGGAGAGCAACGCGACUGUGAGGGUGACAGUGCUAGACGUGAAUGACAACGCUCCGGUGAUCGUGCUGCCAACGUUGCAGAACGACACGGCUGAACUGCAGGUGCCGCGCAACGCCGGGCUAGGGUACCUGGUGAGCACCGUACGCGCCCUUGACAGCGACUUCGGCGAGAGCGGGCGCCUCACCUACGAGAUCGUGGACGGUAACGACGACCACCUGUUUGAAAUCGAUCCAUCCAGCGGCGAGAUCCGCACGCUGCACCCUUUCUGGGAGGACGUGACGCCGGUGGUGGAGCUGGUAGUGAAGGUGACUGACCACGGCAAGCCCACUCUGUCGGCGGUGGCCAAGCUCAUCAUCCGCUCGGUGAGCGGCUCUUUGCCCGAGGGUGUUCCCCGGGUGAACGGCGAGCAGCACCACUGGGACAUGUCGCUGCCGCUCAUAGUGACUCUGAGCACUAUCUCCAUCAUCCUCCUAGCGGCCAUGAUCACCAUCGCCGUCAAGUGCAAGCGCGAGAACAAGGAGAUCCGUACUUACAACUGCCGCAUCGCAGAGUACAGCCACCCGCAGCUGGGCGGGGGCAAGGGCAAGAAAAAGAAGAUCAGCAAAAAUGAUAUCAUGCUGGUACAGAGCGAGGUGGAAGAGAGGAACGCCAUGAACGUCAUGAACGUGGUGAGCAGCCCCUCCUUGGCUACCUCCCCCAUGUACUUCGACUACCAGACCCGCCUGCCCCUCAGCUCGCCCCGGUCGGAGGUGAUGUAUCUCAAACCGUCCUCCAACAACCUGACUGUUCCUCAGGGGCACGCGGGCUGCCACACCAGCUUCACCGGACAAGGGACUAAUGCGAGCGAGACCCCGGCCACUCGGAUGUCCAUAAUUCAGACAGACAAUUUUCCCGCAGAGCCCAAUUACAUGGGCAGCAGGCAGCAGUUUGUUCAAAGUAGCUCCACGUUUAAGGACCCAGAAAGAGCCAGCCUGAGAGACAGUGGGCACGGGGACAGUGAUCAGGCUGACAGUGACCAAGACACUAACAAAGGCUCCUGCUGUGACAUGUCUGUUAGGGAGGCACUCAAGAUGAAAACUACUUCAACUAAAAGCCAACCACUUGAACAAGAACCGGAAGAGUGUGUUAAUUGCACAGAUGAAUGCCGAGUGCUUGGUCAUUCUGACAGGUGUUGGAUGCCACAGUUCCCUGCAACCAAUCAGGCUGAAAACGCAGAUUACCGCACAAAUCUCUUUGUACCCACAGUUGAAGCUAAUGUUGAGACUGAGACUUACGAAACUGUGAAUCCCACUGGGAAAAAGACUUUUUGUACAUUUGGAAAAGACAAGCGAGAGCACACGAUUCUCAUUGCCAAUGUGAAACCUUAUUUAAAAGCCAAACGUGCCCUGAGCCCUCUCCUCCAAGAGGUCCCCUCAGCAUCAAGCAGCCCAACCAAGGCAUGCAUUGAGCCUUGCACCUCAACGAAAGGCUCCCUAGAUGGUUGCGAAGCAAAGCCAGGAGCUCUGGCCGAGGCGAGCAGCCAGUACUUGCCCACUGACAGUCAGUAUCUGUCCCCCAGCAAGCAACCGAGGGACCCUCCCUUCCUGGCUUCUGAGCAGAUGGCAAGGGUCUUCGCAGAUGUGCAUUCUAGAGCCAGCCGGGAUUCCAGCGAGAUGGGCGCUGUCCUGGAGCAGCUUGACCAUUCCAACAGGGAUCUGGCCAGAGAGACGGUGGAUGCAGACGAAGUCGUGAGAGAAAUCGACAAGCUUCUGCAGGACUGCCGGGGAAAUGACCCUGUGGCUGUGAGAAAGUGAAAAAAAAAAAAAAAAAAAAAAAAAAAAAGCAUUGGCAUUUUCUUGUCUCUUCUGUUGAUUUAAAAAUGAUCCCUCCUGGUGAAAACCCCAUUUUACAGGGAUAAAGAAAAACCGAUGCUGCUUUAAGGCUUUUAGUGAACAUCUGAAGUGCCCACAACUAUUUUCUUUUCACUGCUGUUUCUUUUUCAGAAAUAACAAUGGCUUUGUUUUGACCAAACUUAUAUUAUGACAGAAUUAACGAUGUUCAAAGAGGAAAGAAAAACAGAGAAGAAAGAAGGAGAGAAGAAAAAGGAGGAUGAAGAGGCGAGUUACCUUGUGACAAUCUGUUAGGAAGGUAUGCAGUGUGAGAAUGGAAGUUUUUUUCUCAUUGCCCUAAGACUGUCCUCCGUGAUUUAUUCUAACGUAACUGUUUACCUAUAAACCCCAUACAAAGCAGGGUCAUACUUUGUGAUCUGUGGUAGAAUUUCUAGCAGUCACCACAGGCUUCUACUGAAAGUCCUGAAAAGACCUUGCAGUAGUCCAAGCUACACCAAACAUUAACACAUAUUUGUGGUAAACAUUUCUGUAUAAAGUUACCUGCCACACAUAUAAACACAGGAAACAUUCCAUAUCAUUAGUCAAAAAAAAUUAAAAACUGAGUCAUUUGUAAAACACCUCAUGUCGUAUAAAAGUUCAAUGUAAAAAGGUAUAGUCCAU